AUGUCGAACCUAUCUGGCCAUUGCAACUGCGGAGCUAUUAAAGUCACCAUCCCAGGCGACUCGAUCCAAGGCCUCUGUCACUGUACCAGCUGCAGGCGUUCGUCAGGCUCGAUCUGCUCCGGCAAUUUUGUCGUCCAAAAGAAGGAUCUCCAGAUUGCGGGCGAGCCGAAAGUCUAUACGGCCAAGGGAUCUUCGGGGAACGACACCUAUCGCUAUUUCUGCGGGACAUGCGGAUCCGCGAUCUACACUGGCCUUGAGGCUGGCGAUCCCAACUUUGUCAAGACAGGCCUCUUCAAUCCCGGUGAUGUCCCGGCGCCAAAGAUGGAGCUGUUCUGCCGGAACAUGGAGUCGUGGGAGAAGGUCCACGAGGGUGCAGAGCGUAAAGAGGAACAGUAG